AUGGUAGAGGCAGUGAUUGGCAGGGAGCAACACAUGGAGCGAUGGGGAGAGAAGAAGGAGGAGCGGCAGCAGGCAGCUAGAGAGUUGGCGGGGUACGUCGGCCUAGGGCUGACCAUCACAGUGAUGGAGACGGAACUCCACCGCGAUACCUUUUACAUGAGCAACGCGGGCCUGACUCCUUCGCAAUGUAUUCAGCCAACAAGAUAUCUCCAGAGAGCAGUCUCUGGUAUCUUCCGGCUGAUCAUCAUGGCUACCUGGUUGCUGGUGUACUACUGGACCCCAGUCAUGUUACUCCAGGGCCUCCCCUCCUUCCUCCAUGCCUACAGUGGGCACUGCCAGGCUGGAGAGUCACGCCUGUGUGUCCCACCCCACAGCGCUCUGGAGACGCGGCUGCAGGUCCUGGAGACACAGCAGCAGAAGGAGCUGGCCAGCCUCCGAGACCAGAAGGAGCGGCUGAGGAGCAUGCUGGGCCGCCAAAAUGAGGCCCUCGCCAGCCUGCAGCGCAGCCUCCAUGCAUUGGGCAGCAACUCCAGCCUCCUGCAGCACCACCAGCAUCAGCUGGUGAAGUUCGUGCAGAACCUGGUGCAAGCAGUGGCCCAGGGCCAGGGGCCAGCCUCCAUGAUGACAGCCGAGCAGGUGUUCCAGGACUGUGCAGAGAUCCAGCGCUCCGGGGCCAAUGUCAGCGGCGUCUACACCAUCCAUGUGGCCAAUAUGACCCAGCCCAAGAAGGUGUUCUGUGACAUGGAGGCCAAUGGAGGUGGGUGGACCCUCAUCCAGCGCCGUGAGAACGGCAGUGUGAAUUUCCAGCGGAACUGGAAGGAUUACAAAGAGGGCUUCGGUGACCCGGCUGGAGAGCACUGGCUGGGCAAUGAGGUGAUGCACCAGCUGACCAGCAGGGCGGCCUACUCUCUGCGUGUGGAGCUGAAAGACUGGGAAGGCCACGAGGCCUACGCCCAGUAUGAGCGUUUCCAUCUGGGCAGCGAGGGGCAGCUGUACAGGCUUUCUCUGAGUGGUUACAGCGGCUCAGCUGGGCGUCAGACCAGCCUGGCCCUGCAGGACACCAACUUCAGCACCAGUGAUGCAGACAAUGACAACUGCUUCUGCAAGUGUGCCCAGAUGAUGUCUGGAGGGUGGUGGUUUGACGCCUGUGGCCUCUCCAACCUCAAUGGCAUCUUCUACCCCGUGGACCAACACAUCCGCAAGCUGAACGGGAUUCGCUGGCACUACUUUAGCGGUCCCAGCUACUCGCUGCGCGCCACGCGCAUGAUGAUGCGGCCAGUGCCCUGA